AUUCUUUGCGAGGCAUAGCAGAACAAAAACUGUGCAUUUUUGCGUUUUCGGGUGUUUUAGGACAACAUCAAUCAAGCACGAAAUAUAUGUUAAAAACAUGCAAGACUGUAAGUCCCAUAUCAAUUAAAGUUGUAACUAGUAAACAGAGCAAGCGAAAUGCUUGAGUAGGCGUUUUGUGCUAUAGCGAUGAAACUCUAAAAUAUAAAGACCAGUUGGCGAGUGCAAAUAACACGGAACACAUACAUAGUGAUGGCGGAGCCGAAGCUUGUUCUAGUUACUGGAGCAUCAGGAUUUAUAGCGAGUCGCAUUAUUUAUCAAUUGCUUCAGAGUAAUGAGUAUCGUGUGCGUGGUACAUUGCGCGAUGUUAAUGACGAAAAGAAAACCAAUCUGUUACAAACUUUGUGUCCUGAGGCGAAAUAUCCUUUGGAACUGGUUCAGGCUGAUCUACUCAAUGCUGAUUCGUGGUCAAGCGCUGUCAAGGAUUGUGAUUACGUCAUCCAUGUGGCGUCACCGUUUCCCAAUACAACACCGAAGACUGAAGACGAAAUCCUCAAACCAGCCGUGGAGGGCACCACAAAUGUUUUAGAAGCAUGUGCCAAAUCUUCGACUAUCAAGAGAGUUGUACUGACAAGUUCAUUAGUAGCAAUUUUUAAAGGAAACCAAGAUAAAGGUCACAUGUUGACUGAAAAAAAUUGGGCAGUUUUAGAAAGUUGCCAACCUUACGAGAAAAGUAAACUUUUGGCCGAACAAGCAGCUUGGGACAUUGUUAAACACCUACCAGAUAAAGAACAGUUCGAGUUGGUGACAAUAAAUCCAGGACUUGUUAUAGGACCCGUGUUUCCCGGAGCAGGUUUUUCUACUAGCAUGGAGAUUCCCAAACACUUGUUGCAAAAAGAAAUGCUAAUGUUGCCGAAAAUACAACUUCCAUUAUGCGAUGUCCGUGAUGUUGCUACCGCCCAUAUUAAGUGUCUCGCACUUCCGGGUGCCGAUGGAAACAGAUUCAUUGUGACUGCUGGUAGUAUGUGGAUAAGAGAAUUUGCCCAAACACUUAAAAGAGAAUUUAAGCCGCAAGGCUACAGUAUUCCUACCAAAUAUUGUCCAAAGCUCUGCCUGGUUAUGAUAUCAAUUUUUGACAGAUCCAUAAAACCAGUAAUUCCACUUGUUGGAAAAGUGGUGAAUAUCUCCAACGAAAAGAUGAAAAAAGAGCUCGGGAUUGUACCAAUCGAAAUGGAAAAGUCCAUUAUAGAUAUGGCGUACAGUCUGAUUGAUGAAGGUUUCAUCAAACGGACUAGUGGUUACAAACAGUCAAACCCAGAAGCAUGAAAGAAAAGAAUGAAGAAGAUUUGUAUAUGUACAAUAAAAUUAUAUUUAUAGCAUGUAUAUGUUGAUAGAAAAUAAUAUUUGAGGAAAAUGUA